AUGUCACUCUUAGGUCCCUUGACCAGAAAACUCCUUGGAGGGGUACCCUUGAAAAUCGAGACCAUGGUCGUCAAUAUCGGGAGGCCACGGGUUCCAACUAGGCUUGUUCCUGGUCCUGACUUGUACGGCGGUCCGCACGCGGUUUUGAAGAUAGAACGGAUGGAGAGGAACGAAACAUGGAUUAUCGAUACAACAGGUUGUCAAUAUGGAUUCCGAGAUGUGCUUGUUCCAUUCGCCAAGUACUUUAUUGACAACGAAUGCCGGAUAUUGGACGGCCCUCGGGUUUACGACGCAUGCGAGACAAAGGAGCUAGACUACUUGUCAACCCUUCAUAUCUUCAACAAGACAAAAGCACAACGGCAAGAUAUGCGACUAGAACGGCUGACCCGUCACCAUUUUGCUGUCUUCGUUUAUAUGAGUGUGCAUGAUAACUUCCUUGUGGACUCUGGCGCCAGCUACAAGAGAAAGAUUGAUCGCUUCGUCAAUGAGCUCAAAACUCACAUGGUUGAUUCUAUGAGGAAGGCAGGUGACAAUUUUGAAGAUUCUGAAGAUGAUUGA